UCAUCAUAAGCCAACCUCACACAUUCUUCCCAUCAAAUUUCCCUACCUAACAAAAAUAUUUGCAAAGAACAGCAUUUCGUAGAAGCAUGGCUGAUGAUCAGGAGAGGGCCGACUGGGAACGGCUGUUUAAGCGUUUCGACGCCAAUGGCGAUGGCAAAAUCUCGGCGGUGGAGCUGGGGGAAGCCCUGAAGCAGCUUGGCUGCGUCAGUCCGGACGAAGUCAAGCACAUGAUGGAUGAGAUCGACACAGACAAAGACGGAUACAUUUCCUACGACGAAUUUACUGAAUUCGCUUCGGCAAACAGGGGCUUAGUCAAGGACGUUGCCAAGAUAUUCUAGGUUUUGUAUUUUUGCUAUUUCUAUAUAUAGGUAUCCUCAUGGAUUUAUCGUAUUAAUCCUGGGACUUGAAUGUCCUUUUGCUUGCAUUAAUUUUAUUAGUACUAAUGAUCUUAUGUUGAUGUCCUGGUGGCCUCCUUUGUUUCAAUGUCUGGAUUUUUUUGGUUUUAAAUUAGUGUUGUAAUGCAAUUCAAAUAUACAGAUUCAUCUAUAGA